CUGCAUCGCAUCGCAUAACCCGUGUCGCGCUUGGAGUGGAUGGACGCACCGACACACGUACAUGCACAUGUCCACGUCGUAGAGCCGAUGCGCUGUCGCAUCUUCGCACCGCGCGCUUCGUAACCCUCAUAACCCUACGUCACCAACCCCGUCUGUCGUCCGCCGUCGCACCACCAACACGCCCACCACGACGACACCCGCCGGCCAGCCAUGUAUCGGCGCGGCGACCCCCGCUGGAACCGCACGCUCCAGCACAUCACCGACAACCUCGAGCACGCCAAUGAGUCGGCCCAGGAAAACAUCUACGGCUUCACCCAGUCGUACAUCAGCCCGUGCUUCGCGUCCGUCACUCACUGCGUCAACGCCUGCACCGCGCCCUGCUUCCCCUCGCACAACGACCGGCGGCGACAUCGCGGGCGUUCGCGGGGGCGCGCAGAGUCCAGCUUCGACUUCUACGACGACUGGGAGGAAGAUGAGAAUGACGGGCUGCUGGGGUGGGGGAACGACAACCUCGACCGCCUGCUGGGCGGAGGCGGAGGAGGAGGAGGAACCAACUACGGCGCAACCGCCCAGCCAGGCCGACAGAACGCAAUGCUAUACGGCCAGCGCAACCGCGACCCACGCUACAACACGCCGCGCCGCAAAAGCGCCCCCCACGACGCCGGCCCAGACCCAACCCUCAUCCCCAGUUCGUCCUACUUCGGCUUCCUGGGCCGUCUGCCCUUCAAGAUCGGCGGCAAAGGUCUGCGCUACAAGCCCUCUGCUGCCGACCUCGUCGACCACCCGGGCGCAACACGCCGCACCAUCGAGGAGCAGCCGCUGAUCGAGGACAGCGACGAGGACGCCCAGGACGGCAGCGAGUUCAAGGGCCACCAGCGCCAACGCAGCUGGACGCACACGUCGGGCCACACGACGGAUUCUCUCAGCUCCCGCGGCGACAUCUUCCCCAGUGAGGACGAGCUCGACGACGCCGUCCCGCUGGACGAUGAAUUUGCCAUGGCGCUUGAGCGGCGCGCUACGGGGCCGUCUAUGACAGACGAAAGUAGCUCCAGGAAAGACACGUCGGUGAAAAGUCUGGGUGGGAGGAGUAAACGGCCUGCGCGCUCCCGCACCACUUCGUCGCGACACACGCGCGCACGCCACGACGACGAGGAUGGCGAUGUCAGCCCCCUGCCGCUGCCCACCACCGAUACAGAAGGCGAAGCAGAAAUCGACACUCUGGUAACGGAAGAAGCGCGUCUCGCCGCGCACGAAGAAUCCACAAUCCACCGGAAACGCAUCGACGCCCAACGGCUCGCUGUACAGCGCGGGCUGGGCUCGCUGAAUCUGCCGCCGCAGAGUCGGAGUGGGAGUCGGAGUCCGGGGUCGACGCCGAGAUCUGUGCGGUCGCCUAUGCUGCGGUCGCCGGGGAGUGGGGCGCGGACGCCGAGUGGGGUGUCGAGAGAGAUGGGGGAAGAACACGUAGCGUAG